AGGAAGACUGGAGCCUCGGCACUUUGGGGUUCAAGUGGGACAAGUGAACACUUCUGAGGGUGGCAUUCUUCAGAACGUGACUGAGGUCAUCAUCCACCCCAACUACAAUCCUAUGCUGGGCGCACCAGCUGGAGGAGACGUGGCACUUCUCAAACUGGAAGCUCCCAUUAUGCUGUCUGAUAGAGUCAACCUGGUCACCCUCCCUCAUCCAGGGCUCAGGGUCCCUGCAGGCACGAGGUGUUGGGUGACUGGCUGGGGUAACAUCAGAUUUCAUGUGCCCCUGCCUGUGCCCCACCAUCUGCAGGAGGUGGAGGUCCCCAUCGUGGAGAAUGUUGUUUGCAGGUGGAAAUAUCGUGAAAUCAAUACGAUCGUCAAGGAGGACAUGCUGUGUGCUGGGAGCCCAGGCCGGGGUGUCUGCCAUGGAGACUCUGGUGGCCCCCUGGUCUGUAACUGGAUGGGCAACUGGCUCCAG